CCAAACAAAUACAUGACCAUGGGGGAUAUGAAGACCCCCGACUUUGACGACCUUCUUGCAGCCUUUGACAUCCCAGACAUGGUUGAUCCUAAAGCAGCUAUUGAGUCUGGACAUGAUGAGCAUGAAAACCACAUAAAACAGAAUGCUCAUACAGAUGAAGAUUCUCAUGUGCCAUCAUCAUCAGAUGUUGGUGUGAGCGUCAUUGUGAAAAAUGUACGUAAUAUUGAUUCUUCUGAAGGAGUGGAUAAGGAUGGCCACCAUUCCACAGGCAAUGGCUUACAUAAUGGUUUUCUAACAGCAUCUGCUCUUGAAAGUUUUGGUAAAGAUGAAGGGAAGUGUCUGAAAGAGGAGGGGUCAGCCUCUGAGGCUACUCUGAAAGACUCAGCUUUCAACCAGUUUAGCCCAAUCUCAAGUGCUGAAGAAUUUGAUGAUGAUGAAAAAAUAGAGGUGGAUGAUCCUCCAGAUAAAGAAGAGAUGCGUGCAAAUUUCAGAGCAAAUGUGUUAACAGGAUCAGUUUCUCAGCAGGAAUAUGACAAACUAAAGAUGCUUGGAGGGGAAAACUUGAUUAAACCUGGAAUUCUAGCUUCAAGUAAUGUAGAUAAAAACAAAGGUGUUAAAAGAGAAACAGAAACAAACUCUGUGAAUUUAAGUGUCUACGAACCAUUCAAAGCCCGAAAAAUAGAGGACAAAUUGCUAAAAGACAAUUCUGAAAACAGGGUACUUGAUGGAAAACUAGGUACUGAAAAAGGUGAAACAAAUCUUGCCAGCAUUUCACAGUCCAAAGCAAAGUCAUCAGCAAAGCUUUCUUCAUGCAUUGCUGCAAUUGCAGCACUGAGUGCUAAAAAGGCAGCUACAGAUACCAGUAACGAAUUACAGUCUACUUCAAGAGAAUCUUCUCCAUUACCAAAAGACAUGAAUGAAAGUCCCCGGGCUAUUGAGAAAUCACCUGAAUCUCAGAGUCUUAUUGAUGGUGCUAAAAAACCAUCUAUAAAACAACCCGAUAGUCCCCGAAGUGUAUCAAGUGAAAACAGCAGCAAAGGGUCUCCAUCUUCUCCUGCAGGGUCAACGCCAGCCAUUCCAAAAGUUCGCAUAAAAACCAUCAAGACUUCCUCUGGGGAAAUCAAGAGAACAGUUACAAGGGUGUUGCCAGAAGUUGAUUUGGACUCUGGUAAAAAGCCAGAGCAAACUGCUUCCAUGGUAGCUUCCAUGACAUCUCUCCUAUCCUCUCCAACUUCUGCUGCUGUUCUUUCUUCUCCUCCUAGGACACCUCUCCAGUCAGCAGUUGUCACUAAUGCAGUUGCAUCUGCAGAACUUGCACCAAAACAGGUCACUAUUAAACCUGUGGCUACUGCCUUUCUCCCAGUUUCAGCAGUUAAAACAGCAGGAUCACAAGUAAUUAAUCUGAAGCUUGCUAACAAUACUACGGUGAAAGCCACUGUAAUAUCUGCUGCUUCUGUGCAAAGUGCCAGUAGUGCCAUUAUUAAAGCUGCUAAUGCUAUACAGCAGCAGACUGUUGUGGUGCCAGCAUCAAGCCUUGCCAGUGCUAAACUUGUGCCAAAGACAGUCCAUCUUGCCAACCUUAAUCUUCUGCCUCAAGGUGCUCAAACCACCUCUGAACUCCGCCAAGUGCUAACAAAACCUCAGCAACAAAUAAAGCAGGCAAUAAUUUCUGCAGCAGCCUCACAGCCUUCUAAAAAAGUGUCACGAGUCCAGGUGGUAUCAUCUCUGCAGAGUUCUGUAGUGGAAGCAUUCAAUAAGGUGCUGAGUAGUGUUAAUCCCGUCCCAGUUUACGUCCCAAACCUCAGUCCUCCUGCCAAUGCAGGUAUAACAUUACCAACACGUGGUUACAAGUGUUUGGAAUGUGGUGAUUCGUUUGCUCUCGAAAAGAGUCUGACACAGCAUUAUGAUAGGAGGAGUGUGCGAAUUGAAGUGACAUGUAACCAUUGUACAAAAAAUUUAGUUUUCUACAAUAAAUGCAGUCUUCUUUCCCAUGCUCGUGGACAUAAGGAAAAAGGAGUUGUAAUGCAGUGCUCCCAUUUGAUUUUAAAACCAGUCCCAGCAGAUCAAAUGAUAGCGUCUCCUUCAAGCAAUACUGCUGCAUCUUCUACUCUUCAAAGCCCAAUGGGAGUUGGCACACAUACUGUAACCAAGAUACAGUCUGGCAUAACUGGAACAGUAAUAUCAGCCCCAGCAAGUACACCUAUCAUUCCAGCUAUGCCUCUAGAUGAAGACCCAUCAAAACUCUGUAGACAUAGUCUAAAGUGUUUGGAGUGCAAUGAAGUUUUCCAAGAUGAGACAUCUCUUGCUACACAUUUCCAGCAGGCUGCAGACACAAGUGGACAAAAGACUUGCAAUAUCUGCCAGAUGCUGCUUCCUAACCAGUGCAGUUUUGCAUCACACCAGAGAAUUCAUCAGCAUAAAUCUCCAUAUACGUGUCCUGAAUGUGGAGCAAUCUGCAGAUCGGUCCACUUCCAGACCCACGUCACUAAGAACUGCCUACAUUACACACGAAGAGUUGGUUUUCGCUGUGUACAUUGCAAUGUUGUAUACUCUGAUGUGGCUGCACUCAAGUCUCACAUUCAAGGUUCUCACUGUGAAGUCUUCUACAAAUGUCCUAUCUGUCCCAUGGCAUUUAAAUCUGCACCCAGCACACAUUCUCAUGCCUAUACACAACAUCCUGGUAUCAAGAUAGGAGAACCAAAAAUAAUAUAUAAAUGUUCCAUGUGUGACACCGUGUUUACCCUGCAACCCUUGCUGUAUCGCCACUUUGAUCAACACAUUGAAAACCAGAAGGUGUCUGUUUUCAAGUGUCCGGACUGUUCUCUUUUAUAUGCACAGAAGCAACUUAUGAUGGAUCAUAUCAAGUCUAUGCAUGGAACGUUGAAAAGUGUUGAGGGGCCACCAAACUUGGGUAUAAAUUUGCUCCUGAGCACUAAACCCACAACUCAAAACUCAGCCAGUCACAACAAAGAGGAUACAAAAUCCAUCAGUGGAACAGAAAAGCUGGAGAAGAAAUCUCCCUCUCCUGUAAAGAAAGCAGAGCCCAAAAAAGUAACCAACCCUGGCUGGACGUGCUGGGAAUGCGAUCGACUCUUCACUCAGAGAGAUGUGUACAUAUCCCACAUGAGGAAAGAGCAUGGAAAGCAAAUGAAGAAACAUCCUUGUCGACAAUGUGACAAAUCUUUCAGUUCAUCCCAUAGUCUAUGUCGCCACAAUCGUAUCAAACACAAAGGCAUUAGGAAAGUUUAUACCUGCUCGCACUGCCCGGAUUCAAGACGCACUUUUACUAAGCGGCUGAUGUUAGAAAAACAUAUUCAGUUGAUGCAUGGCAUUAAAGACCCUGAUGUGAAAGAAAUGACAGAAUCAACCAAUAUAGAAGAAAGUGAAGUAAAAGAAGACACAAAGGUUCCCAGUCCAAAGCGUAAGUUGGAAGAACCUGUACUGGAAUUCAGGCCUCCCAGAGGAGCAAUCACGCAGCCAUUGAAGAAGUUGAAGAUAAAUGUUUUUAAAGUCCACAAAUGUGCUGUGUGUGGCUUUACAACAGAAAAUCUUCUUCAGUUUCAUGAACAUAUCCCUCAGCACAAAUCUGAUGGCUCUUCGUAUCAGUGCAGGGAAUGUGGCCUCUGCUAUACCUCUCAUGUAUCUCUCUCCAGGCAUCUCUUCAUUGUACAUAAGCUGAAGGAGCCUCAGCCAGUAUCGAAACAGAACGGGUCUGGGGAGGAUAAUCAACAAGAAAAUAAGCCCAAUCAUGAAGAUGAAUCAUCUGACAACAUGGUAUCAGACCGAAAAUGCAAAGUGUGUGCAAAGACAUUUGAAACUGAAGCGGCCUUAAAUACUCAUAUGAGAACACAUGGCAUGGCCUUCAUUAAAUCUAAAAGAUUGAGUUCAGCUGAAAAGUGA